UGGUGCGAAAACAUGCCAUAAGAAUGUAUGGACCCAAAUGGUUCAAUAAUCUCGAUGCAAAUGGCAAUGUUUUGCAAAAUGAAAGACUAACUGAUCUGAUCAUUGCUCUUAUGGUGUCUGAGAAUAAAUUGGGACCAAUGAUUCACGGGCUCUUUGAACAUGGACAAAUUCAGGAGUUUAUUGAGCACCGACAGUUUCGAGUCCCGGAGCAAAACGACCCUCAAUUGAGCGCCGAGUUGUUCAAGAAGUUGGCGCGCGUGCAGGCGAUGGAUGUGCCCAUUAAGAGGACCAACAACUGGUUAUUUGAGUACUUAAACAGCUCUUACGAUAAGGCCGUCAAAUGCGGAUCAUUUGAUUUGUGCGAAGAACUCAAAUGCGAAACAUUGAAUGCACGAUAUUUGCAAACAGAGAAUCAAUGGAUUAUAAAGACCAUUGAGUCUAUCGGUAGUCCUAUUGUCUUCUCACACAACGACUUCAGAGGCAAUAAUAUAAUGAUUACUAAAAACAAACAAAAUAACACCGAAAGUAUAGUUUUGUGUGAUUUUGAGUACUCGUGUUAUACAUACCGGGGCUUUGAUUUGGGCACUAUUUUUGCCGAAUGGGGUCGAGGUUUGAAUGAUUUCGCAAAACAACAUGAUUUCCCCGAAGACAGUGUCGUCGAGACUUUGAUUCAACACUAUAUCGACGAAUCGGUCGCUAUUUUUGGACCAAAAUAUGCUGAAAAUAAACUGAAUUCAACUCAACAAUUGGUGAAAGAGGUGAAACUGUUUACUUUAGCCGCCUAUUUGUUUAUGAUCAUGUUGAUAAUACAAGAUCAUGAAGGCGAAGAUGGUCUACCAAUGGAUAAGAAAUUAAUGAUUGGUUUCGCUGAAAUCUGUUUCAAGAAUUACAUGCAUUUGAAAAAGCAGUUUUUGGCUCAACAGGCUUUUUAAGGAAUGAAUUAACCAGGAGGACAUUGGCUAUCGUAUUUUACAGUAUCAACAUAAAUUC